GGGAGGAGGAGCGGAGGAAUCACAGGGGGAGGGAAGCCGCCGCCGCCGUUGUUUAAAGGGGUACCGUUAAAUAGGAAUAUAGAUCCGAUUUGUCUUAAAAGGAAUUGAGACAUAUAUAUACACUAACCAGAACGAGGGGGGGAAUAAACCAUCCAACCGUGAACCAUGUCUGUCCGGGAGUCUUUCAAUCCAGAAAGCUAUGAACUUGAUAAGAGCUUCCGUCUGACUCGGUUUGCAGAGCUAAAAGGCACCGGCUGCAAAGUACCACAAGAUGUCUUGCAAAAACUGCUGGAAUCGUUGCAAGAUAAUCAUUUCCAGGAAGAUGAGCAGUUUCUUGGGGCUGUCAUGCCCAGGCUGGGAAUUGGCAUGGACACGUGUGUCAUUCCAUUACGACAUGGUGGCCUUUCUCUUGUUCAGACUACAGAUUACAUUUAUCCAAUUGUAGAUGAUCCUUACAUGAUGGGACGAAUAGCCUGUGCAAAUGUUUUAAGUGACCUAUAUGCAAUGGGGGUUACCGAAUGUGACAACAUGUUGAUGCUUCUCGGUGUCAGUAAUAAACUUACUGAUCGGGAGAGAGACAAGGUGAUGCCUCUUAUCAUCCAAGGCUUCAAGGAUGCAGCAGAGGAAGCGGGCACAUCGGUUACAGGGGGUCAAACUGUUCUGAAUCCAUGGGUAGUACUAGGUGGUGUGGCCACAACAGUAUGUCAGCCGAAUGAAUUCAUCAUGCCAGACAAUGCUGUACCAGGAGACGUUCUUGUGCUGACCAAACCUUUAGGAACCCAAGUGGCUGUAGCUGUCCAUCAAUGGCUAGAUAUUCCAGAAAAAUGGAAUAAAAUUAAGUUGGUGGUAACCCAGGAAGAUGUAGAGCUGGCAUAUCAAGAGGCAAUGAUGAACAUGGCAAGACUAAAUCGAACAGCGGCUGGACUCAUGCACACAUUUAAUGCACAUGCUGCUACUGAUAUAACAGGGUUUGGAAUUCUAGGGCACGCACAGAAUUUGGCCAAACAGCAACGAAAUGAGGUUUCCUUUGUUAUCCAUAACUUGCCAGUUUUAGCCAAGAUGGCUGCUGUGAGUAAGGCCUGUGGGAAUAUGUUUGGACUCAUGCAUGGAUCCUGUCCUGAAACAUCAGGAGGUCUCCUCAUCUGUUUGCCGCGAGAGCAAGCUGCACGUUUCUGUGCCGAGAUAAAGUCACCGAAGUAUGGAGAGGGUCAUCAAGCAUGGAUUAUCGGCAUUGUAGAAAAAGGCAAUCGUACUGCCAGAAUCAUAGACAAGCCACGAAUCAUAGAAGUUGCCCCUCAAGUGGCUACUCAAAAUGUAAACCCAACACCUGGUGCCACCUCUUAAUCUAGGCUAAUAUAGCUCUUUUUUGUUUUUGUUCUGUUUUUAAAUAGACCCUACUCCUUACCAUCAUACAAUUUAAAUAAUUGUAAAGAAAAAUAUAUAUAUAUAAAUAUAUAUCAUUGUGUCUGCCCAUUUUGCGGCCUUCGGUCACUUUAGA